UGAUCCGGACCGCCGUGGCCAACCUGGACCGUGAGACCCAGGAUAGGUACGAGGUGGUCAUCCGAGCCACAGAUAUGGCCGGGCAACUGGGGGGCCUUUCGGGCUCCACCACCGUGACCAUCGUCAUCACAGAUGUGAACGACAACCCUCCCCGCUUCCCGCAGAAGAUGUACCAGUUCAGCAUUGCGGAGACGGCUCCCGUGGGCACGCUGGUCGGCAGGGUGAAGGCGGAGGACUCCGACGUGGGGGAAAACACAGACAUGACCUACCAGGUGAAGGACGAGGAGGGUCUGGGGGCCUUCCGGGUGACCACCGACAGCCACUCCCAGGAAGCGCUGCUCUCUGUGCAAAAGCCUCUGGACUUUGAAGCCCAGCCUGUGCACACAGUCGUGGUAGAAGCCCUGAACAAGUUCGCGGACCCCCGCUUUGCCGACUUGGGCACCUUCCGGGACCAGACCAUCGUUCGGGUGACCGUGCUGAACGUGGAUGAGCCGCCCGAGUUCCAGCCCCCCCACGGCCUGAUGGAGGUGCCGGAAGACGCGCUGGUGGGUUCCGUGGUCGGCGUCGUCACUGCCCGGGACCCCGAUGCCCCCAACAACCCCGUCAGGUGA